AUGGGUCGCAGCAGGCGCACGGAGCCCUCUCAGACACCAAGGGGCUCCCAACAACACCCCUCUCAGGGCCUCAUGGACCCCUUUUUGCAGCCGACCUCAGGUGCCGGAGGAGAGACGGCGGGCCCGGCCUCAACACCACCGUCUCCUGCCUCCUCCUCGGGCGCAGAACACUCCUCUCUAGAUCGGAUAGGGGAGGAAAUCCGAUCCAUCGCGGCCUCUAUGGCCACUAAAACUGACCUGCUGACACUUACCACCACGAUACAAGAUGCCCUGCGCGCGGAGAUGGCGGGCAUCAGGACGGAAGUGACCGCCCAUGGAACACGCAUUGAGGCCCUGGAAACAGCAAUGGAGACGCAAUCCUCCAGGAUUUCAUCGACUGACCUGGCAAUUACGCGGCAAGGAGACAUGCUCCUUGAUAUGAGGAGACACCUAGAGGACCUCGAUAAUAGAGGCCGCAGGUGCAACAUCAGGGUAAGGGGGGUUCCAGAGACAGCGGGAGGGGAGAAUGCGACAGAGGUCCUGUCAGGCCUCUUUAAGAUGCUGCUACAGGAGGAAGCCCCUGAAUGCUUUGAAUUUGAAAGGGCACACAGGGCUGCGCGCCCGAGAUCUAUUGAAGAUGGGCCAAGGGAUCUCAUCUGUUGUCUCCACUCCUUCCCUGUCAAGGAAUUAAUUAUGAGGAAGGCCCGCGAACGCCCAGAAUGGACCUAUCGUAACUCUCAGGUCUCUCUUUACAAUGACCUAUCUCCCCUCACGCUUGAGGCCCGAAGAGCUUUAAAACCGGUUACAACAGCAUUACGUGACCGUCACAUCGAUUACAAAUGGGGCUUCCCUUUUGCGUUGCUGGCCCGCCACCAGGACUCAUGGAUCUCAGCGAGAUGGCCGGCGGAGAUACCUCGCUUUUUAGAGACCCUGGACCUACCGCCUAUCCAGAUUACGAAUUGGGUCCUUGGCCCUGCUGGACAGGGCCCACGGCCUCAGAGAGCUCCACGGCGGCGCAGGGAUGGAUCCCCUCAGAGGCGGCCCCCCAGGCGGCGCAUGGAACAAGGAGGCCAGGAUGAGUGAGUACCCGUAUGGGUAUAAGUGCCCGUGUCCCUGGCCCCAGCUGACCCGGUUAUGAACGCCCAUAAAUCUGACAUGGCACCUAAGUCUGCUCACCUAGCCUGACAUCCCUCUCCCCUCCCCCCUCCCCCACCGUACGAGAUACCAUAGUCUGCAUGCCUUCACAUAGAGAGGCCCCCUCUCUCUACGCCGUCAGCUAUGCCCAUGGGAUGAAGAUAUACCGAAAAUGGGAACGUGAUGAUCAAUGCUCUGUCCCCACAGAUGCAACAAAGGAGGGGAUUAAAGUCUUCUGGUCAAACAGGUGAAUUAACAUGUAAUCCUCUCAAAGUCAGCUCCCCUUGCUUCUUACAGACGAACAUAAGUCAUCAGUGUUUAAGACUCAUACCCAAGGACCACGUUAUACCCGUUUAUCAACAAAC